AUUGUCAACUUCCAUAACCGUUUCUAGGACAAGAUCCCCUUCCACCUGCCCCAUAGUUCCUUCCCCUGUAAAUAGCCGGCUUUCUCGUGUACUUCCCCUUCAAACUUUUCUUCGCAACUAAGAAUCCCAAAGACCCAUCACACGUCGAAAUUACCAAAACAAAUAUUUUCAACAACCAAAUUUCUAAAACCUUUAAUUCCUGACCCCUUCAGUUUCUUUUUUUCUUCUUUUAAUCCUUGAUAUCUAUUACUAGGCGUAAUAAUUAGUUUUCCACAUAAGGAAACGGUCUUCUUAAUACUAUGAUCAAUAUCAAGAAAAGGUUCUAAGGGAUUGAUCAACAUCUGAUUUUUUUUUUCUCAGGCGCUGACAAGGGUAACUUUGUUUUUGGGAUAAAUUUUGGUGAGGAUGGGAAUCAUGGUGGCGUUGAUAUUGGUAUCGACGAUGAUGGUGAUGAGCAACGUGCACGCUGGAGAUACGAAUCCUGUUUUUGAUCCUUGUUCGGACACAAAAAUUCAGAGAUGGGAUGGUUUCACUUUUGGGCUUGCGUUUUCUUCUAAGGAAUCGUUCUUUUCCAAUGGAACGCAGCUCUCUCCUUGUGACCAACGACUCUCCCUUUCUGGCAAUUCAGCUCAACUGGCUGUUUUUAGGCCCAAAGUGGAUGAGAUUUCACUCCUCACAAUCACUAGCAGCGACUUCAAUCCUAGCAAAGCUGGUGGUUAUAUGGUUGCCUUUGCUGGACGCAAAUAUGCUGCCAGAUCACUGCCCGCUUUUGUGGCAGACAAUACUCACACCAUUACAAGCUUCACUCUGGUACUUGAAUUUCAAAAGGGCACUCUGCAGAACUUAUUUUGGAAGAAAUUUGGCUGCGGUUCAUGUACCGGGGGUUCUUUUGUUUGCCUUAAUAAGACUGAUUGUGCAGUCCCAAAUAAUAAGUGCAGUGGCAAUGGUGGAUCCGUUGACUGCAAUGUGGGAAUACAAUUGGCAUUCUCAGGCACAGAUAAGAAUGACGACGUGCUAAACUCGUGGUAUGAGGUUAAAAACCUCCGACAAUACUCCCUCUACGGCUUGUUUCAAGAUGUCAGUGAUUCUCUCACAAGUCCAUUUAAGAACCUGUUUUAGGAGUUCUUGUUUGUAUAAUGACCAUCAGAUUUCUGUUGUGCUUCUCCACUUAACUAGAAUAAUUAUGUCCUAUGCUCAUUAAUCAGAUCUAUGUUCGAGAGAAUAACUUGGCGAUUACUACACAGAAUCUAGCCUGUUUUUGCUUGUACAGAUCUUUUAAUGGUCCAAGAAUUACCCUUAGGUGCAGAAAGGACAUUUUGUAGUUUAAAAUUUCUCAUUGUUUAACAUGAAAUCUGAUUUAUUGGUGUUUCCCA